GGAAUGAUGUACCUAGAAGAGAGGAGACUUGUCCAUCGGGACUUGGCAGCCCGUAAUGUCUUGGUGAAAUCACCAAACCAUGUGAAGAUCACUGACUUCGGCUUGGCCAGACUUUUGGAAGGGGAUGAGAAGGAGUACAAUGCUGAUGGAGGGAAGAUGCCAAUUAAGUGGAUGGCUCUGGAGUGCAUACACUACAGGAAAUUUACCCAUCAGAGUGAUGUUUGGAGCUAUGGAGUCACUAUUUGGGAGCUUAUGACCUUUGGUGGGAAGCCGUAUGAUGGAAUCCCAACUCGAGAGAUCCCUGACCUCUUGGAGAAGGGAGAGCGGUUACCCCAGCCUCCAAUCUGCACUAUUGAUGUUUAUAUGGUGAUGGUGAAGUGCUGGAUGAUUGAUGCUGAUAGUCGGCCAAAAUUCAAGGAGCUGGCUGCUGAAUUUUCUAGAAUGGCUCGAGACCCUCAGAGAUACCUAGUAAUUCAGGGAGAUGAUCGUAUGAAGCUCCCAAGCCCAAAUGACAGCAAGUUUUUCCAAAACCUUCUCGAUGAAGAAGACCUGGAAGAUAUGAUGGAUGCUGAAGAGUAUCUUGUUCCUCAAGCUUUCAACAUCCCUCCUCCCAUCUACACCUCCAGGACAAGAAUUGAUUCCAACAGGAGUGAAAUUGGACACAGCCCUCCUCCUGCCUACACCCCUAUGUCAGGAGUCAUGUUGUUGAAAUGUCUUUGCACGCCCUUGCUGACAAGCAAAAUGAACCAGUUUGUCUAUAGAGAUGGUGGCUACACUGCAGAGAUGCCAAUGCCAUACAGAGCUCCUGGCUGCAUAAUACCAGAAGCCCCAGUUGCUCAAGGAGCCACAGCAGAGAUCUUUGAAGACACUUGCUGUAAUGGCACACUGCGAAAACAAGUGGCAACCCUGGCAAAAGAGGACGGCAGCACCCAGAGGUACAGCGCUGAUCCCACAGUCUUCAUACCCGAACGCGUCGUCCGAGGAGAGCUGGAUGAGGAUGGGUACAUGACACCGAUGCGAGACAAACCUAAGACAGAUUACCUAAACCCAGUGGAAGAGAACCCAUUUGUUUCCCGACGAAAGAAUGGAGAUCUCCAAGCUGUGGACAACCCAGAGUAUCACAGUGCUCCGAACGGGCAGCCCAAAGCAGAGGAUGAGUAUGUGAACGAGCCAUUGUACCUCAACACUUUCGCAAACACCUUGGAAAAUGCCGAGUACCUGAAGAACAAUUUGCCGGAGAAAGCCAAGAAGGCCUUUGACAACCCAGACUACUGGAAUCACAGCAUGCCCCCACAAAGCACCCUCCAGCACCCAGACUACCUGCAAGAGUACAGCACAAAAUACUUUUACAAACAGAAUGGACGUAUCCGGCCCAUUGUGGCAGAAAAUCCUGAAUACCUCUCCGAGUUCUCCCUGAAGCCUGUGCUGCCCCCACCGCCCUACAGACACCGAAAUACAGUGGUGUAACGACCAUGGUCUUACGGAAGUGGAAAGGCAACCCCUUCUAGCUGCCUCACUCCUUCGCUCUCCUUUUCUCUCUCUUCCCUCCCUUUCUUUCUCCCAUGAGCUUCCUCUUCUUGCUAGUUCACUCAUUUUUUAUAUUUCCAAGUGAAAGAAUGUCUUGGAGGUGUUUGCGGAUUGGGUUGGGAACCUGGAAGGAAGGAAGGAGGGAAGGAAGGAGACUGAAAGAAGGUGUGUACAACCUGGCGUUUCUCACUUUCCGCAGAUCCAGAGGGUUGGAUGGUCAGAGAAGCCAGACAGUACCAGUAAAGGCCAGUGACAGUGUUGCCUGCUGUCGAGCUAGUUCUCAGUGAUUCAACCCAGACACGGUAGGGAAGCCACAGAGAGGCUGUUUCUUUCGGCAGGAACUGAUGAGUGUCUGUACAGCAUUCCUGGAAAUCUCAAUGCAGUUUCCAUUAGGGGGAAAAAAUGGACAAUUUUUAUAUCAUGUGUGAUAGCAUAGUAAUUGAGAUUGAGAAUCCAGUUUCUUUCUCUAACACUUUCUAUCCCAGCAACUGAAAAUGACUAACGUGGCUUUUCAUAAUCAUUCAGAUCUUCAUCGUGGCUUUCCAAGAAAUGAUGAUGUGACUCUAAUAUAUGGUUAAACCCUAUUCCUGAGCCACACCAUGAUUUUUUGCC